CACCAUCCCCAUUGGCCACCACCCGUCGCCGGCCCGAUGGCCGCCAGCUCCGGCGACCACUCUGCCAGUGGCGACGUGGGAUGCGCAAGUGGUGAGUGCUCCACACCCUUUGUAAGCGCGCCGUCCAGCCCCGCCCGCGACCCGUCCUUCUCCGCUGUCGGUUGCUUUUACAGCGCGCCGGCGAGCCCCGGCACUGCGGAUGAGUAUGGAUUCCAAUUCGACUUCGACUUCUCCUCGCGUUGCCCGUCUCCCGCCGCGGCGGCGAUGUCCUCCGCCGACGAGCUCUUCCAAAACGGUCAGAUCCGACCAAUGCGGCUAGCGUCCUUCCUGCUCCGCCCGCAGGUGCUCCCGCCUCUCAACGGAGGCGUCCCCGCCGGCAACCCGCCGCCACAGCCGCCUUCGCGGCCGGCGCCUGUGGGGGCGGACGAGCGCAGCCGUCUCCGGAGCCGGUCCGUGCACCGCCGGUACCGCUCCCUCUCCCCAUUCCGCAACCGCUGGCUGUCGCCGUCGUCGUCGCCUGCCCCACCGUCGAAGUCCAUGGAACCAACGGCGGGCGAGGCAGCCCCGUCGGCGUCACGGUCGUCCUCCUCCUCUUCCACGGCGUCCUCUGCUUCCUCUUCCUCGUCAAGAAGCUACCGCAGGUGGUGUUUCUUGAAGGACAUCCUCCACCGGAGCAAGUUCGACGGCGCCGAGCACCCACCUCUACCCUCCAACCCGUCGCCUCCGCCGCCGGCGCCCAAGACGAACCCCCCAGCGGCCUCACCAGGCCGCGGGAGGGCGAGGAGAUCAGCGCACACGCGGCUGUACGAGACCCGGCGCGCAGAAGCGGAGGAGAUGCGGCGGCGCACAUUCUUGCCGUACCGGCAGGGCAUCUUCCUCGGCUGCCUCGGGCUCGGUUCCCGCGACUACGGCGCCAUGCACGGCCUCGCUGCCGGCUGCCGCCGGCAAGGCUAGACGGUGGCGCAUGCCAUCACCAACCCCACCUCCAUGAACACCUCUCCUGCUCUUCCCCUUUGAGUGGCCGUUCUUGGAGCUGAACUUGUCAUGGCUAGCUAGUGUUAAAUAGUAGUGUUAAGUGAGUGGCUGCAAAAAAAGGUUGUCUUUUUUUGUUGUAUAGAAAAGGGAUCAGUGGCCUGUCUGAUCUGUUUGUAGUAAUCUUAUAGUGAUGUAUUUUCAAGUGUUGAUGAAUGCUGAAAA